GUAGCAAAAUUGGACUCCAAAGCACUGGGGUAGCUGGCUUGUUAAUGGCGGAAAACUUAAGAGAGUUGUGUGUGAUUUGUGCACGUUGUACCAUGGCGUCUCUCUCGUAGGGCUUACGCUUAAACUUUAAUUCAACGACAUUUACAUUUUAUUUUAGUGUACUGUACUGGUGAACCAGAGGCAGAGGUGUGUGCGUUUCAUUGUGGCCAGCUAGUGUAAUGCACGGACCGUUCAAUGCCGUUGUACUGACUAGCUCUAGGUAGACUGGUAGCUAACUUAUUAACCAAGCCGGGUGAAAUAAGAAGACACAUUUCCCUAAUAUUAAUUUACACCGAAAGUUUAAAGAAGAUCCUAAACAUACUCUAUUGUUUUCCUCUAGUGACGCACUGAAGUUGACGAGUAACUUACCGUUAUCCACGUAAAUAUUGGCUACGGAACUCUUUUUGGCGAAGCUAAGUAGCUAACUAACCGAAGAUGGAGGAAGCUCACGCGGAGGACCCGUCCGGGACAGAGCAAGGCGGACAACCGGGGGAGGCAGAAUUCCCGCGGAGCUCUGUGGCUGACAGUCCAGCGCAAAAGCGGGUCACCAAGAGGAAGCAUGACGAGGAAGACGAGGAGGGUUCCCCUACCAAGAAGCAGAUGACGUCUGAGCAGGUCACCAAGAGCAGCCACGGAGAGGACGGUUCUCCCACUAAGAAGGAGGGAGUGGGUGAGCAGCACAGUAUCAAGGUAGCGAGCCACUACAAUGCUCUGAAGGAGACGGGGCUGGGGGCCAGGAGCCAGAGCAGGAUCUUCUUCAUGCGCAACUUCAACAACUGGCUGAAGAGCGUCCUCAUUGGUGAGAUCAUGGACAAGGUGCGUCAGAACAGGAGGCAGGUGUCUGUGCUGGACCUGGGCUGUGGGAAGGGAGGAGACCUGCUCAAGUGGAGGAAGGGCCACAUCAAUCACCUGGUCUGUGCAGACAUAGCAGAGGUGUCGGUGGACCAGUGUCGGAGUCGCUAUGACGACAUGAAGAAGAGGGGGAACCCCCACGACCGCAUCUUCUCUGCUGAGUUCAUAGCAGCGGACUGUACCAAGGAGCUGCUGUCAGACAAGCUGCAGGACCCAGACAUGAGCUUCGACGUGUGCAGCUGUCAGUUUGUGUACCACUACUCGUUUGAGACGCAGCAGCAGGCGGACAUGAUGCUGAGGAACGCCUGCGAGAGGCUCCGGCCCGGCGGCUUCUUCAUCGGCACCACGCCCGACGCAUACGAGCUGGUGAAGCGUGUGGAGGCGUCCUCCUCCUGCUCGUUUGGUAACGAGGUGUUCAGCGUGACGUUCCAGAACAAGGGCGACUACCCGCUGUUCGGCUGCAAGUACGACUUCAACCUGGAGGGCGUGGUCAACGUCCCAGAGUUCCUCGUCUACUUCCCCCUGCUCCAGGAGAUGGCGAAGCGGUACAACAUGCGUCUGGUGUACAAGAAGACCUUCUCCCAGUUCUUCCAGAAGCACAUCAGCGAUGAGCAGCACCGCAGCCUCAUGCAGCGCAUGCAGGCCCUGGAGCCGUACCCAGCAGACAGCAGGACCAAGGCCUCGUGUCCAGACAGCCCUGAGCAGUACGAACACGCCAGGACUCACUCUGAAACCCCGGGAGCUCGCAUGCCCCUGGGGACGCUGAGCAAGUCGGAGUGGGAGGCCACAAGUAUAUACAUGGUGUUUGUGUUUGAGAAGAUGGAGCAGAAGUCCUGAUGUUUCACCACAGCAUCCGGCGCUGUAGAAUGACCUCUGGACUGCAGAUUCCCUCCAGUCUUCUGUGUGUGUGUGUGUGUGUGUAGGGUUAUGGUGUGUGUGCAUGUUUGUGGGCGAGGGGAGCGAGUGUGUGGAUGUCUGGGAAGUAACCGUCUGCUAACCUGGCAGUGGCAUCAACAUUGACAUAACAACUUGUGUUUUGUUUGUUUAUUUCUUGUUGUUUGACUGUGCUGGAUUCAAGACAAAGGCUUUGUUCCAGCUGGGACUGUAACCCUGGUUAAUGAGGGAAAACCAGGAAUAAAAAAAAAAAAGAAGAGAUUUCCUGUCUGGGAAAAUCGUGGACAUGAAUAAAUAACUUAAAAGUUGUGUAAA